AUGGAUGGCGAUGGCUUCGAUUUGUAUAAUGAUCUGCAGCUGCAGCCAGAGCCAGUCGACGUGAAACCAGCUCCCCCGACCCCUCCGUGGAGAAAGCCGGCCAAGGUGGAGAAGACCAGCCAGAAGCCGCAGUCCGGGGCGCAGGCUUUGCUGGAGCUUCUGCGUGCCGGAGCAGAGGACUUCCUGGAUGUCGAGGAGGACGACCCGCCGCAGUCAGAAAUCGAAGCAGGUCUCAAAGCAGAUUGGCUUCAUGAACCUGAUUGCCUCGAGGUUGGUGAUGAUUCGACCGAUGCUGUGGAAGGGCCGUUGAAGAGACAGCGGAUCCAGGCGAUGGAGCCGCCAGGUGAGGAGGAGCCCCAAGCCCAAGCCCGGUCAGCCGAGGGAUCCGAGGAGGAGGGCUUCGACUUCGAGUUCGAAGCGGAUCUUCGAAAGGCCGAGCCGAGGUCGGCUCGGGCUCGGGCGACGGUGGGAUCGUCAGGAAUGCUCGGGGGCAUGCUGAGUGAAGAUGGAUUGAGCUGCACGCAGCUGGCUGUGGCCGGGCCUAGACCUGAAGCUGCAGCUCCGGCACCGGGAACGACUUCCUCACAGUAUGUGUACAACACGCGCACGCAGCGCUGGGAAAGUGGCACGCAGUUCCGGAUGCCGAAGGAUGCAAGACGCGUCCAAGGCAGCGUGCCGAGGCGCAAGGUGAAGUUGUGCCGCUUCUUUGCCAUUUCGGGCUUUUGUAGAUGGGGGAACAGUUGCUACUUUGCACACGGCGAGGCAGAACUCGCCCUUGGUGGUGAUGCAGUCUCUCAGCAGCAGAUCAUCUCAGAGUGCUCCUCCCGGGCGUGGGACGAUGCGGAGGGAGGCUGCUGCAGCUACGCCCAAGCCCUCGCAGUUCGGCUUGCGCUCCGGUUUGAGGCGCAGCCAGAACAUCUCCUGCCCACGAUGGAAAAGACUGGCUUGCCAAUGUCUGGAGACGGGGCCCGUGCAGCAGUAAAAAUGAUGCUGAGGCUGUGUCAUCCGGACAAGUGUGGGCAUCCGGAGGCCAAGAAGGCCGUCCAGAUCCUCGGACCCCUCCUGGCGAAGUGCAGUUCAUAA